AUGAAACCAGCCUCAAAGAUUAUUGGCGUGUUUUUAGCGCUUGUGGUUUUGUUGCAAAUUUAUAGUGUUGUUGAAGGUAAACUCACCACUUUUACUUUUGAAAAACAAUCAUUGAAUCAUCAAUGGAUUUGGUUGGAUUCAUUUGUUUUUGAUAACAUGGGUAUGAAGGAACCAGGUUAUAUUACUUGGCAAUUAAAUAAUAUUAAGAAACAAGAUCCAACUGCUCUUAAAAAUCUCUAUGUUUCGUUAUAUGAUGAUGAAUCUGGUUAUUGGCCAGCCUUGCAAAAUUAUAUUAAUUCAAACAAUGGAAAGGUUAAUUGCACACAUCUGAGAAAGUUUGCUAAACAAACAUUCCCACUUGAUACUUAUCCUGAAUUUAGUAUUUUGAUUGAUGAAUCAGCUAGUAUUCACACAUGGUAUAUGGCUUUGGAUGCUUGUGAAAGAGAAGUUACAGAUUCUGGUCCAGAAUAUAUUGAAUUGGAUUUCAAAUGGACUAAUCCAGGUGGUUUCUUUACUAAGCAAUUCUCUAAGGAUAGACAAGGUAUUCUUGAAGUUCAUAUUGCUUUUGUUCCAUUUUAUACAAUUAUGGUAUUUGCUUAUAUUAUUUCAAUUGUUCAAUUGAUUAGACACAAAUCAUUCCAUUUAAUUAUUAGAGUUUUUUAUUCAAGUUUAGUUGUUUAUUGGUUGGGUAGAGUUGUUGAAAUGAUUCACUUGUUUGUUUAUGGAGCUGAUGGUGUUGGUAUUCCAUUCUUUGAUGAUUUGGCAGUUGGUCUUAAAUUAUUAGGUGACUUUUUAAUGUUAGUCUUGUUAUAUUUACUUGCUUCUGGUUGGACUAUUACUACUUCAUAUAUUCGUUACUUUAAACAAACUGUUGGUGUUUGGAUUUUCUUUGGUGUUUUCUAUAUUGCUUUAUAUGCUUGGGCUCAAAUUGAAUUAAUAUUUGUUGUUAAUACUGAAGAUUAUAUUUAUGAUACUAUUCCAGGUAUUAUUAUUAGUGUUAUGAGAAUUCCUGCUAUGGCUUUCUUUAUCUUUGUUUUAUUCAAGACUCAUCAAGAAGAAACUAACAAAUUGAAGAAGGUAUUCUAUAAGGUUAUUGGUUUAUUAUAUAGUUUAUGGUUCAUUAGUUUACCACUCAUUGUUUCAAUUUCAUUUGCUAUUCCAGUUUCACAUAGAGCUAAAUGGAUUGAAGGUUUAUCUCUUUCAAUUGACUUGAUUUCAUAUCUUGUCAUGUUCAUUGCUUUGUGGUAUCAAUUGGCAAGAAAGUACUUCCAAUUAUCUACAGUCGAUCCAACAAGUAGUACUACUGGUAGUGCCUAUGAAUCUUUGUAA